UUCGCUGUUGGGAUCCACAGGUUUAAGUGAGCCAUCGCCCUACAGAGACAACAAGUCAAAAGUGGACAAAAGUCCAAAAGCCUCCAGUCAAUACUUGGCUCUUUUGGUGGCCAAAAUCAGGUCAGUUACCCCAUUUAAGUUGAUUCUGGAUUUUUGAUCAGCCUGAUCCAACCCACCAAACUAAAACGCACAGAUCAUUUCAGCAUGGAAGCGGCCUGGCCCCAAGGUGCGCGCACCGUCCAUGGAAGUCUGUUGACGGCCCUGAUGAAGUCUCAUCCCCAGUAUGGCCGCCAUAUAGCCGGGCCGGUACCUCAGCUUGUGGGCUGCUCGCGCACUGAUCGGGGCGUUCAUGCAGAGGCGCAAGUGGCGCAUGUGGACCUGGUGUCUCUCAGCGACUUGGAUGCUGCCACCUUGAAACGCCGCUGCAAUCAUCGCUUGCCCAGCGACUUGCGCGUGAUGGAUGUGGAAGCGGUUGACCAGAACUUCCACGCAAGGAAAUCGGCGCUUAAGAAGUGCUAUCGCUACGACCUGCUACUUGCUGAUGAGGCAACACCCUUCCAGGCUCGCUACGUUUGGCCCGUGGGUCCCGUCGAUCUGCCGCUGCUGCGCACUGUGGCGGAGCAGUGGAACGGGCGACGCGUGGACUGUCGACCCUUCACGGUGAACUGGCGAUCCUCCUGCAGAGAUGGGACGGACGUCUUUGAUGAAGAUUACUAUGGUCCCCUUCAAAAACAGCUUUCCGUGCGGCUUGAUGGAGGCUUUCCGGCGCUGCGGAUCUAUGUGGAGGCAGAUGCCUUCCUUUACAGGAUGGUGCGUGUGCUGGUCACUGCGCUGGUGGCUGCUGGACAACAUGUCGUGAGACCCCAGGAGUUGGAGGUGGCUGAGCCAACGAGCUUGGCCAUGGCUUUGAAGCGUGUGAAGGGCCAGUGCAGAAUCGCUCCACCCAAUGGCCUCUUCCUGCAGAGAAUUACAUAUGCGGAGGAGGAAAAACAUCGACGCCGAUAG